CUAUGUCUCCCUCCUCUCCCUCACUCUAUUUCUCUCCAUCGCUUUUCUCUUCAAAACCUCCUGAACCAAAUAGGCACAGCAACCGCCAUCACCAUUUGCAUCAGCCACAAACAUUUUCUAAAUGUCUAAGUUGCACUUGAGACCAGUGCAUUUCUUGCUAAAUGCCUUGUUCGGUUAAUGUUAAUCCCCCCCACCCCCCAAACCACCACCACCCCCCCCCCUCCUCGUCCCUCCUCUUCACUCUCUUAAAAACUCUUCAGGUUUUUCCAACUGAGCGAUUCAGGCUGAGGCGGGCGCAACCGCACUAGAGGGGGAAGUCAAGUCGUGCUGGACUGGCGCGAUAUCCUCGCACGGUUCACAACUCAAAGAAGACCCGACUCGCGCCUAAUCAUGCUUUUAAAUGAUGGAAUAUGCUGAUUUUAAAAGUUGACCAGGGAUUUCUAGUUGUGGGGUGUCUGCGAGGCAUGGCUUUCAUUUUAACUUGCUUAUUUCUGUCUUGUUACAGUGCGAGCAGUGUUUGGGGAAAUCAACACAGUGAUACCAGUAUCUAUUUGGAUAACAUCACGCGUAUAUUGGAUAGAUUACUGGAUGGCUAUGACAACAGGCUGCGACCUGGAUUUGGAGGUCCCGUUACGGAGGUUAAAACUGACAUCUUUGUCACCAGCUUUGGACCUGUGUCAGAUGUUGAGAUGGAAUACACCAUGGACGUGUUCUUUCGUCAGACAUGGAUUGACGAACGCUUGAAAUUCGAGGGCCCCAUCGAGAUCCUGCGGCUCAACAACCUGAUGGUCAGCAAGAUCUGGACUCCGGACACCUUUUUCCGGAAUGGCAAGAGGUCGAUCUCUCACAACAUGACCACCCCCAACAAGCUGUUCCGCAUCAUGCAGAACGGAACUAUCCUCUACACCAUGAGAUUAACUAUAAAUGCGGAGUGCCCCAUGCGUCUGAUGAACUUCCCGAUGGACGGCCAUGCCUGCCCGCUCAAGUUUGGGAGUUAUGCUUAUCCCAUCAGUGAGAUUGUGUACACAUGGAAGAAAGGUCCUCUUUCUUCCGUCGAGGUGCCGCAGGAAUCGUCCAGUUUGCUGCAGUACGACCUCAUUGGUCAGACGGUGUCGAGCGAGAGGCUAAAGUCCAAUACAGGUGAAUACGUGAUCAUGACCGUCCACUUCCACCUACAAAGGAAAAUGGGCUUCUUCCUGAUUCAGACCUACAUUCCCUGUAUUAUGACUGUCAUCCUGGCCCAGGUCUCUUUCUGGAUUAAUAAGGAAUCAGUUCCAGCUCGGACUGUGUUUGGUAUCACCACUGUGUUGACCAUGACCACACUCAGCAUCAGCGCCCGCCACUCCCUCCCCAAAGUUUCCUACGCGACAGCCAUGGACUGGUUCAUUGCCGUUUGCUUUGCCUUUGUCUUCUCCGCCCUGAUUGAGUUCGCGGCUGUCAACUACUUCUCCACCCUGCAAGCCAACCGGGAGAUGCGGAAGGCGGCGGCUAUGAAGGCGGCGGCUCAGGAGGCAGCGGCUGCAGCGGCUGUAGCUCCGGUUGCGGCCACAGGGAAUGAUGGAGAGGUCUCCUCAGUGGAUGCCAGUAGCGUGCUGAAGAAGAGGAUGAACUCUGCUCCCCUGUUCGACCGCCCUGCCAAAACAUUUCCCAACCCACCUGUCAAUGCCCAAGCCUUCCUACAGCAGGGUUCAGCUGUGCCGGCCAACAACGUUCUGACUGGCACCAGCAUCAUCGACAAAUACUCCCGCAUUCUCUUCCCCCUCUCGUUUGGCGCCUUCAACCUGGUCUACUGGAUCGUCUAUCUCACCAAGGACACCAUGGAGAUGUCCAGGGAUGCCAUCUAAACCAAGAGUGUGUCGUCCUGGGAAUCACACACACACGCACACAUACACAUGCAUACACUUGCAUAGACACACACACACGCACGCACACACACACACACACAUAUAUACAUACACAAUUAAUAGAUGACAGACGCUUGCCAAGCACUCUUUUAUGCCGCCUCAGUGCAUUGUAUUUCUUUUUAAGUACUCCCUUGGAAAGUGAGUCUUUUGAGAGCAGAUGUACCAGUUCCUAUUGCCAACUUGACCCCGGAGCUCACAGCCUGUGGGUACCAAGUCUCUGGAAACAUUUCAAGCAGGUACUACAUCUCUCUCUCUCUCUCUCUCUCUCUCUCUCUCUCUCUCUCAUUUCUUUAUUUCUCUUCCCCAAUAUUUAAAAAAAAAAAAGUGACAUGUUAUGACACUUUUUUCAGUGUCCGUCCUGUGUCCCCAUGCCUGAGUGGAUGGGGAAAUAUAUGAAAAGCUAAGCUAGCUAGGCUGCAGAACCAGAGGCAGAGCCAUUACUUUGUUUCAUGUAUGUAUUUUUGCGCGCCUUUCACACACGAGAGCGAAAUUUUCACGUGUGUUUGAAAUGACCCCCCCCCCCCCCGAUAUUUAUUUAUGUCACUUGCGGGAAUGGCUGUACCCGUUGCCCUGACUGGAUCCAGUGUGACUGACUCGCAGGAACUCUCUCACUCCUAGUUCCUUUCCUUUCCACUCUUCAUCUCUCUCCCCACAACACUCUAUUUUUUGGUUCAUUGGCUUAAUUUCCCUCCGCUGAUGGAGUACAGAGGAUGUGAAGCAAAAUCUUCAAAGGGUUUUUUUUUUUUUAUGGUGUGUGUUCCACAGAUACAUUGGCCUGGUUGAUUAUUCAAUGUCACAUGCGUGUCACGUGAUGGAGAAACGUGCACAUGCAAAUGUCAAAAAAUAAAUAAAUAAAAAAUACAGACACUAACAUAUGCACACGUUUUCUAUGAUUUACACAAUGACAGGAUUCUAUGUCCUAGAUUUCCUAUAGACAAAGUGAACUCUGAAACAUCAGUGCGUGAUUCAAUGACUAGUAUCAAAUAACUUGUUGCAGCUCAAAGCUUUCAUCCAUGACAUUUUUAAGAAAAAUCAGAGAAAUCCACCGCACCUGCCUCCAGGAAGCCGUGUGAUAUGACCAAAAUCUCUUUUCCAGAUAAAGUUAUUUCAUAUCUAGAUAAUAAUAUAUAUCAUUAUGUGGUACAUUUUCUGUGAUUCAAUGAGUGAAUAGUUUAGUCCUAUUUCUUAUUAGAGUUUGAAUCAUAUACUCGACAAAUAAAAGGUACUUCCUCAAAUUAGAUUUUUUUCUUUUUCUCCUUUUAGUUAGAACCAAUAGAAAUUUUUCAAUUGAGCAUGUUGUGAUGGAAAUCUUGUGAGCUGGUGGAAGUAUGUUCAGGAUGAAACCAGGAUCCUCACAUGGAACAAGAUCAUACGCAUGUGAAGACUAUUUGGUAAAUCUUAACCUAACUCACGUUUUAGAUCCCAGUUACCUCUGUCCCACUAAGAGAGACUAACUCACCAUGAGACAGAGACAAUGGCUGUUUGUUAUUUCUACACCUUAUCAGUACAUUCACAGCUAUUCUAGAAACAGAUAGUGAACUACUGUCUAAUAGUAAACCUGUGAAUGACCUGUGUGCAGAUAUUCCCUGAAUGAGAGAGUACAGACUAAUUGAAAGAGAAUAGACUUAAUGAACGAAGUAAAUUCGCUCACGUGUGUAACAAAUUAUAAAUCACUAGAAAACACUUUUCAACUAAAGCUGCAAACAAUAUAUUUAGUGCAGGAAAGAAAGAAAGAAUACAGUCAUCCCACUACUGCACACAUACUAGCUAACUAGCUAUCACCUCGUACAGUAAGGUCUUCAGGCAUCCUGGCAUCAACCUGUCUCUCCCCAGAGAAGAUUUAGGCCUUUAUAUGCUAACAUUGCUAUCAUUCUCUUUUUUAUUGUUUCUAUUUAUCGUAGUCGUUCUAAUUGAAGUUAAUGAAUUUCUACACUGGUGGCAAAUUAUUUCUUGAGAUGACAGCUCUGGCUUCUGGUUUUCAUAAAAAAAAAUAAAAAAAAAAUCUGCAAAAAAUAGAAAGCUAAACCUAUCAUCAUCAAUUAUACGAAAUGCCAAAACAUAUUCAUUAAUAAUCCACUUGGGCGGAUUUGCAUACGAUUAUGCACUGUUUCCAAUUAAGUAGAGAGGGUGACAUGUUAAAGCCAUGUGGUGUCUAAAUAUAAGCUGAUGUGUGUUUGCCUCCUCAUGGCAUCCAUCAUCCAUGAGGAUGCUCUUAUUAAAGGUGUCUCUUAUUAACACAGGCACCUUUUGAAAUGAAAAGCCUGCACAAUGUGCCAAGAGAUUAUAGUCGUCUUGAAAACUGUACACUCCCUCUGGUUGUUGAGUUGAUAUUUGAUUUUGAUGAAAAUUGUCACACAAACUGUGAGAAAAAAAAACUGUAAAACUGGUGUAAAGUGCUAUGUUCUUAUUCAGUCUUGCACAUACUGAGGGCCCCAAACAUAGAAGGUACUUAACAAGAAGUAACCUUGUUUCCUAUUUAAUAUUAAUAAUGUGUUAUAAUUUCUUUUUAAUUCCACCUUGGAAGGAAGCUCUUAAUUUGUUGUAAUUAUGUGUACCUCUUAUGAGCACUCUGAUUUGUGAACAGACCAGCAUGGUAGAGCUCAGUUCAAUAAUAUUGAUAUAGUAAAUCAAUAAUGCAUGAUAAAAAAUGUUCAUCUUAAACAGUUUUUUUUUUUUCAAGAGUAAAAAUAUGCAAUAAAAUUAAUAAAAUGCAAUAUAGACUCUGGUUGCACCCCACAAGGUUGGGACCCAUUUCUUAAAACCAUAUGAAGCUGCGAAAGCUUUCAUGAACUGGUUGCAAACAAGAAACACGUAACGCCAGACAAGAACCUCAGUAUUGGACAAUUCUGUAAAAACUCGGAUCACAUCCGGUGCCAAGGAUUUUAAAUUAUCGCUUUCUACAAUAUCGGUGCAUGGCAGCUAUGGUGUAACUAAGGUCAGGGUUAGGUCACUUAGGGGAAAAUCAUAACGUGCUAGGUUUGGACACACAACUGUGUACUUUGCUCAGCUGAAACAAUGUGUAACUGUGGCCUAUUGUUGUCAAUUAUGGACUGCAAAGGAUUUAUUCAUUUUAAGGCCUGUUGUUGCAUGUUUUUUUUGUUUUUUUUUCAUGUGUACACCAGAGGACUAAAAGAACAGUGGUGUCAGACUGUAUGAACUGUCUCUGUAUCCUCCCUCUUUCUCUACUUCAUCCAUCACCCUCGUCUCCUCUGUCUUUGAGGCAGAGGCUGAAGAGACAGGGCAUCUCAGUCCUUAUUGCCCUGCGUGUCGGCCUUUAUUGUGGGGGAGGGGGUAAAAAAAAAAAAAAAACCUGACUGCCAGUGAACUCAGACUGCUACAGAACUGCUGGCUCAACCCCAGUGGAGCCUCGGAACACUGACAACCUCCCACCUCCAGCAGUGACUGAGUGUGUUUCUGCAGGAUAAACUUCUGUCGAAUAGUCAAACAAACAGGAAUAAGCUGUGGUGAGGGGCUGUGUAUGUAAGUGCGUGUGUGAAUGUGUAUGUGUGUGUGCAUUUUUUUUUUUUUUUUUAUAUGACUGAGCUCAUUUGCUUUUAUCAGUGACCCGAUUGAUCUGCCCUCUGACCCCAGCCUAGCUGCUCGGCUCCAUCGCACCACCGGGAGAACCGCACUUGCAUGACCCUCCGACCCUUUAUGUGCUUGUUAGGGUUGUCGAAUGUAGAAGGUUGUGAACUCCAUAGAAUAUAGAAUUCUAUUGCUAUGGUGACUGCGGCCAUAAACUGCCCUUUAGUCAUUUCAUUUCAUUCCACAGGCAUGGGCUUUAUUGAUUCUUUCAUUUAGCCAGUGUUAAUCCUUUUUUUUUUUUUUUUUCAUUUGGACAUUAUCUUUUGCCUGUCUUUUGUGGACACAAUUUAGAAGACAAUGAAUGCUUCACAUUGUUAUUUUAUGUGUAUAUUUUGUGAAUAUGAUUAAGUAUUUCUGUGGGUUGCUAUUUGUAUUCCAACUGUACGACCCCGCUCGAUGAUCAGCUGCAUUGCAUUAACCAUUUGUACUGGUCUGAAUGACAAACCACACCUUUUUUUUUUUUUUCUUUUGUAUUUUAGCAGCUUAGUUUGAUUCCUCCACAUUUGCUCCUUGUACACAUUGCUCUCCAUUAGUUUUUACUGUCACAAGGAUGGCCUGUUUUUAUUGCAAGAGAAAACAAUAUUUGCAUAUUCAGGUAUUUUGUCCCCUGUUAAUAAAUUGACUCCUACUCACUCCUGCUACUUUUCCCACAGGACUGUAUAUUACAAUGUUCAAUAAAGCCAGAUUCUGUAUAUAUAUAUACAUAUAUAUAUAUAUAUAUAUACAUAUAUAUGUA